UAAAUCUGCGAAAUUUGGAAACUGGGAAUUUCCAAAUUUUGAAUUCUUAAAAUAACUUCGUAGUUUGAUACUUUACGCAACUAUAAAAAUAUAGAAUCACGAGAAUUUUAAAACGACGAACAUUUGAAAUUUUCCAAUAUGUGAACUUGGAAUUUUAUGAAUUUAGAGCGUUGAAAUUUGGGAACCAUGAACUUCUAGGAUUUUGAAGUCUUCUAAUUUUGAAAUUUUGGAUUGUUGAGACUGUGAGAUAAUUUCCAUCAGUAAAACUAUGUGUACAUAUAAAUAUCGCAAAGUUAUAAACACUUAGCUCCGAAGACAAAAUAAAAUUGUAAAUUAGUCAUAAAGUCUUCAUAGAUCAAAGACAAUUUCCAAUUUUUUUUAUAAUUAGUCACGAAAAUAAUAGCCUUAUAGAUAGUAAAUGAUGUUACAAUUUAAACGAAACAAAUGAAAACAGGCGUCAUUAAUGUCAAACGAGAAAUGUUAUCGAACAAAUCCAUCUUAACAAAGAACUUCAAGCAGUUAAUCAACACGUGAUUUCAGACAGGAUAAAUUAAUAACAUUCAAUCAUUAACCGAGUAAUUUGUAAAAUUUUAACACAGUACAAGCUCUUUUUAGUAUGGGAGAUGCAGAGAAUGGAAAAUCGUUGUUUAUGAAAAUGUGUGCAAUGUGUCAUACCUCUAAUAAAGAUGGAAAACACAGAGUAGGUCCAAAUCUUUUUGGAAUAGUUGGCAAAAAAUGUGGUACUAGUCCUGGAUUCACCUACACUGACUCGAUGAAAAACAAAGGAAUCGUAUGGGACGAGAAAAAUUUAAACGAAUAUUUAGAGUUCCCUAAGCAGUUCAUUCCAGGCACAAGGAUGGUAUUCACCGGAAUUAAGAAACCGAAAGACCGUCAGGAUUUAAUAGCUUACUUAACAACGUUGAAAUAACUACACUUUCACGAAUCAAUCUGUACAGUGUUCAAAGUAUGCAUUAUCCGUAACGUUAGUUAAAUAAAUUUGUAUAUUUAAAAAAAGAAAUUGCAAAGAUAUAUACUUCUUUUAU